AUGGCGGCGGUGCAAAAGAGCUUCUGCGGAAGAAUUAUUAAAAUGAAGUCAAUCGAUAUCGAAGAGAACAUUUAUGGCCAAGAUGAGUCUCAAUGUUUUGGAAAUGGGCAAUACGUAAGCGGUAUGCGUGUUGCUGAGUUCGACUUCCUCGAUAAGGCUUUGGCCCUAAAUAAACCGGCUCCCUUUACGCAGGCUAAGGUUUAAUUUACAAUUCUUUUUUACAAAUAUUUCUGGAUUUUGAUCACAUGCAUAAAAUUGAGGAAACAUGCCAUUAAAACCUGACAGAUGAACUAAUUUGCCAACCUGCUUGCAUGUCCAGUAAAAUCCUGCACGUUUACUUAUGUUUAAAAGGGAACUAAACCACGUUCUCGUCAAAAGCCCGGGGGAAGGAAGGAUUGGCAAAUGCCCGACCCCUGAGCCACGUAGAUUGCUAAUUCCCACCCCCAGGACUGACAAUUAAGGCGACCAAAUACCCCACAGUAGCCCGGAGGGGGCAGGGUGCAGCUAGAAUUGACUAAUGCAUUAUUGUAUGACCUCCAUAUUCUGCUGCAUAAGCUUCUGUUCAAAAUAUUGACUAACAAUUUGUUUUAGAUUACAGAGACAUGUUAAUAAAACUGACGGACAAAAUCUUACAAGGUUUUCGAUGAGUUCUGAAAAGGUACGUUAGCAAAUCAAAUGAAUUAAACAACAGUGAGCUCGUGAUGUUUCAAGAUAUGUUGCGGGGGGAGGGGGGGCAUCUAGUGACUUGAAGUGGAGAGGCUGAGGGUACUCUUUCCCCCCUUUGGUCUCCAGACAUCACGGUUACGCCUUCCGCGAAGGUGUGAAAAUACCGCAACCAAUGUUUUCAGCGGUUUUUCCCCAGCACUUGAACUUUCAAUCUUGAAAAAGAACUAUCUAUACUUAGGGACCGGUCAUUAUUUAUCGGCGGGGGGGGGGGAGAGAAUUUUAGAGGGUAUCACUUGAUUUUUGGGAGAAUAUAAGUGGGAAUCAGUCGUAACUGAGAACCCAAAAGGGCGGAUCGCUAAAAAAAUUGGAAGGAUUCGGAAGGGGGACCAAUUAAAUUUGCUUGGAAAAUGAGGACAUGGGGCGGGGGGGGGGGGGGGGAAUCACUUCAGUGAAGUAACAUUCAAAGGGGUUGUCGACUAAAUUUCACCUUGUAAAUAUCUUUGAGGACAUAUGAGGACAUUUUUAAGUUAAUGUAUGUAAGAAAAAAUAUUCACAUGUUUUGGUGUAUUCUGAACAAAUUAUCGUAAAUUAUUUUUGGUAAUUUGAAAGAAAGCCAGGUUUUAACUGUAAGGUUCUUAAGUCAAGUUGUAUUACUUUAAGCUUGCCCUUUUGCACCCAAUCGAUCCCUAUAAUAAUAACACAUUAUAGUUUUUUUUAUCUAUCUAUCAGGAUUUUUCAGAUGAUGGUAAAUGAUGCAACAAGAGUCAUGAGUACGACGGAAGAAGAAUUCAUUUUGUUGCAAGACGGCCUAACGUUUAGUAUACACCUUCUAUCAUGCUGAGUAAUUAAAAAAAAACACAACGUGGACCUAAUAAGUGCAAGAGUAAAAUAAAAUGAACACAGCAUUGCAUUGGCCUGUUUUGUAUGUCUGUGUGAAAAAAGAUUGCCCUCUACUUCGAUUUAUAAUCAGAUUAAAUAACUGACCUACACGAUAGCCUUAGCUUUAAAAGACAGGUCCAGGGCAUUUUAGGACUUUUUUUGGUAGCUGAAUUUUCUACGCUAAUUUUGAGAUCAUAGACUGAAUGCGUUGAAACAUAUUACAAUAAGUUACAAUCAAAACAUUAUUAUGUUCUAAUAAAUAGGGAUUUGAAUUUCCUUCCAGCGCAACCAUCUGAAUUCAAAUCAUUUUGAGCUAUUUAAUUACGUCUGAUUUAAUUUAAUAGCGAAGCUAUCGCGUGCAGCUGAGCCUCCAUUACUUUAGAAAAUGGAAACCUUUGAAUGAAAGAAAAUUGGGUAGUCACAUGACCGUUCCUGCGUGUGUCUAUUUAACAAGCUUUUGAGGUAGAAAAUUUCAACCAGGCUUACCAGAAAGGAAAGCAUUUUCUAACUACGACUUUCAUGGUAAACUUAAAUCAGGCUUACCUUGAAAGCCUGGUAAAGCCAGGCUUAACCAGGCUUUAAAUUUUACUUUUCGUUUUCCAAAGGGAGGUAAGACUGGUUCAACCAUGUUUUACCAGGCUUACCAGGCUUUUAACCAGACUUAGUGCAAGGCUUACUUGAGUUUACAUGUAAUGUCGAGUUUUCCUGUUUUUACAUCGUCUGUAGGAGCCCAUAACCCGCGUCACCCAGCUCCCACAAUAGGGCUAUGUCACGGUGUUUUACGGUGUUUUCACGGACGGGUUAUUUUUAGAUACAUUUUAUGUCAGUUUUUACCUCGAAAAUGGAAGCUCUGCUCCAUCUUUGAGCCCAUGUGAAGUACAAGAUAUGUGGUAACAUGGGAUCAAUUAGUUAUGCAAUGCUUUCUCGUGGUAUGCCUUGGAUAUCCCACUCGGAACUUGAAUUUUCCUUAAAAUACUACACACUCGCCUAAAGCCAAACAAACUCUCCUAAAGGUUCGUGUGUAUACUGAGAAACCAGGAGCUCAUAACCCAGAGCGAGCAACUUCCAUAUUAACAGCCUAUGUCACGGCGUUUUUACGGACCAGUUUAUUUUUAGAUACAUUUUAGGGCACUUUUUUUACCGCGAAAAUAGAAUCUCCACCAUCUCUAUGAGCGCAUUCGACGUAUAAGAUAUCUAAAAGGAAAACUACACGUUGUUAAAAGGCUAAAAAUAUCAUUUUAGGUCUGAAGGUUUUAUUAACUGGUAUGUUGAAUUUAAAAGAUAUUCAAAAUUCGCGCUAAAACAGUUCUAAAAAUAAACUCGUACUAGAAAACGCCGUGACUCAAACGCAUGGAAGUUGGUCGCUCCUCGCAGGAUGGCCAUGGGCUCCUGCGGGAGAAACUGAUCAAGUCACUCGUGAGAUAUUUCACGGAAUAUCAUUUCAAAGUAUUCCAUAACCAGUAAAAAGCUUCUGUCAUUAUUAUCGCUAGGAGCUUUUCAAAUAUUCUAAUAAUGCAUUGCACUGCCGCCGCAUCAUUAGAGCUCACAUAUCAUGAACUUUCUCACAUAAUUUCAUUUGCCUAAUAAUUUUUUCUCUUAUCCCUUUUUUCCUGGCAUUUAAAUUGCAGCAUAUCGUAAAGUAAGCAAUGCUAAGCAAAAAAAUAUUUUUCCUAUGAUAGGACCAUUCACGUUCUCCGUGUACUAAAUUGCAGAAUUAAAUUUCAAAUCAGAUUUCUGAUAUCAACUGGACUGAUCAGUUAAGAAAAGCGAUGCGACAGCUCAAAUGUCAGUCGGCCCAUCGCUUAAGUUAAAUAUGGCCUAUCAGCUACACAAUUGUUCAAUAACUUAAGUUAGUUAUGCGUUGAUUUGGUUUAUUCUUUAAUUUGAUGACUGCGAAAUUCGACCCGAUUUUGAUUCAUCUGGUGAGAACCUGAAAACUUCAUGCGAGCGACUAAAGGAUUAUGUCAUCUAACCUAAUAUGUCAUAUCUAAUUGCUAUAAUUGUUUCAUAUUGUGUUCAGUUUUGUAUAGGUGUUCAAUAA